GGCUUUGGCCUCAGAGAGCCCAGCCAAGCCGAGUCGAGCCAUAUGCAUAAGCGUUGCUUCUUCUUGGUUGCUUUUUUUUCUUACCUGUGUGGCAUACAAAAUUAUAAGGGUACCUCACUAUAUAUCAUUUAUUUCCACAUUAAAGUUCUUUUGGAAAUUGGCGUCUGGACAAAAAUCAUAGGCUUCUUUACCUGUUGCCCACCCUAAUCCAAGGGAAAAUCCACCCUUUUUGCUGCUACCUAAAAGUAAAACGCAAAAGUUUCUACAAUAGCCAAGCAGAUGUCUGUGUAAGGGGAAAUCCUUGAAGAAGGGACAUUGUUUACCUGGGACGACGACGUUAUUCAUCCUAAUCCAGAUUUUGUGAACCCUGCGCCAAAAAUGUUUUGUCUGCCUGAUGAUCGUCGAUCGUAUAUAAUCAUCUGUAUGCGACAGAAUCACAAUCAUAAACGUUUCAGAAGUUUAACCUAGCACAUCGUCAUCAAACCAAGAAACAUGGUUCUUGCCGCCGAAAUUCAGAAUACAAAUGCAUCUUCAGCAAAGAAUUUGAAAAAAGUUAACAAUUUCAUUGAAUGUCAAAUGGGUGAAAGUGGUAAAACAGUGAUGCUUCGUUUGCCCAGCAUACGCCGUGAAGUUGGACGUCCCAAGGUCUUUGAGAAUCGUCAACUAAUUGAACAGAUGCUUGUGGAACAUCCCCACUUUACUUCCAUUGAUGUCCAGAGGGAAUUGAAAUCAUUGCAUGGCAUUAAUGUAAGUCGUCGUACCCUACAGCGUCGUAUUAGUGAGAUUCGUGCCAAACAACGUAAGACAAACCAAGGAAGAAAGCAGCCAAACCCACAACAACGACCACAACAACAACAACAGCAGCAGCAACUACAACAGGAGGAGGAAUUCCUGGACGAAAAUGAUGAAAACUUUGACAGCUUUUUCGAUAAUGAUGAGAACGAUGAUCAUUUUGAAAUUAGUUAUCUCAGUGCAGAAGCCAAAAAGAAACGCUUGGAUUGGGCUCUAGCCCAUCAGGAUUGGACUGUCCAUGAUUGGCGUAAUAUCUUCAAUAUGGAUGACAUCAAGUUUAUCGAUUGUGAUUCACCGUGUAAGGAAAUCUAUGUGGACACCUUGCUGGGACCCGAGGGUACUGGAAAUAGCAAUGAUUUGAAUCUACUUGAACAAUUGAUGGCCAUAAUUCAGCCAAAGAUACAGGAAUUACCGCAACCACCGAAAAAUGUUGAAGAGUUCCGUAAAGUUCUCUACAAUGUAUGGCAUACAGAUCAGGAGAUGGUGGACAAAAUUGAGCAGCUCUAUGAGUCCAUGUCAUGGCGUGUGGCCUCUGUGAUACAAAGUGGCGGAGAUGAAUCUGAUUAUUAAGAAAAACGGGUUGGCUAGUUGGGUAGAUGGCAAAGCCAAAUGCACCUAAAAACAUAGAUUU